AUGUUUACUAUAUUUGGAAAAAAUAAAUUAGAUUAUAUAAACUCACAAUCUUCAAUAAAAGAAUUAAAAGAAUGGAAAACUUCCUCAAAAACUAAAUGGUGUAGAAAAAACUUGUUUAAAACAAUGGAAAAUAAUAACAAUAAUACAUAUAUUGCUGAAAUUAUAUCAAAAAUAUGGCCAGCUGAUCCUAAAUAUGGAACAGAUAUGAAAGACAAGCAUGUUGUUAUGAGGAUGCAAAAGUUCAAAGGAGUAGAUAAUAGCAAUGACAUUAUGACAAAUAUGAGGAUUAGCCAUCAGUGA